GGGCCUGCGGCGCCAUGGGAGCCGACGGGCUGUGGGUGAGGACCGCCCACACCGCCCUCAGCGGGGUCUUAACGCUGGGGCUCUUCGUGCACCGCACAGAUCUGCAGAAGGAAGCGGAGCGAGGAGCCGUGCUGCAGCCCGCGCUCUUCGUAGCGCUGCUCGGGUGCUCCGUCCUGCUGUACUUCAGGGUGUCCCUCAUGGACCCGGGCUUCGUCAGGGCUGACGAGGAAGCAGAGGCAGACAAAAAUGAAGAGCAAUGCGUGGUGAUACCCCAGGUCUCAAGCAGUGUUAAGAUGCGGCGUUGCGGCUACUGCAUGGUGAAGCAACCAAUGCGAGCCAAGCACUGCCAGCUGUGCCAGCACUGCGUUCGGCGCUAUGACCAUCACUGCCCCUGGAUUGAGAAUUGUGUGGGAGAGAAGAAUCACCCCCUCUUCAUAGUCUACCUUAGUGUACAGCUUGUAGUUCUGCUGUGGGGAGGACACGUUGCUUGGUCAGGCCUUUACUUUAAACAGUCCUGGGAGUGGCUGCGGCACAACAUUUUCCUCCUCCUAUCCUUCCUCCUGAUAGUCAUAUUCACCAUUGUUGUCUUGCUGCUGCUUAUUUCACACCUCUACCUGAUCUCAUGCAACACCACCACCUGGGAGUUCAUGUCGUACCACCGCAUCUCCUACCUGCGGCACUCUGAGCUGCAGAAUCCCUUUGACCAAGGAGUAAUCCGCAAUCUCUGGAGGUUCUUCUGUUCAUGUCAUCUCACUGCAUGGGAGAAAAUCUAUUUUCACAGGAGCAAUGAACCUGUCUAGUCACAGUGGUAGCUAAUGAGUGAAAUGCCAAAAGACAGCUGCAGGUUGUUGGAUAAAGCUUUGCAUACCUUGCUUCGAACUUUAAUACAUCAUGGAUGCAAUGUUCCACAACCUGUCCAUCUGUAAAAGCAAAUCAUCUUCCAAGAAGGAUAAUCAGGGCUAUAGAUGUGAAUAACACUGUUAAAGGGGAGACACUGUUUCUGAGGGCGUCAGAAGUUCUGAUGUCUUGACCAAGGAGAGGUAUCUCUUUAAAUCCCCUUCCUUGUGUUAACCUGCAUCCACACCUGAAGAGAUGCAAGAACUGCAUGAACAGCCUUGUCAACUUCUGCUCCCCCAAGUUUCCUCUCCAUUUGCUGCUAAGAAACAGCAGCUGUUACCAUCAAACCAGGCAGAAUCAAUGCAAUCCCUGUGGCCUUUCUUCAGCAUAGCUCUUACUGUGAAAACCACAGUGCCUUUUGUCAGUAAUGUUGGAUACAUAACAGAAAUAUUUGAAUAAAUAUUUGUGCAGUCAAAAGUCAAAUUUCAUUUUGACUGCAUGCCUCAACUGCACGCUUUGAGGUUUCAUGGCGUUAACAUCCAUGAGAAACAGCUGUAAGGCACCAAAUGCAGCCAAGAUCAGUAAGCCUGUACCUUAUGAUGCCCUCAUCAGCAUCCUAACAGUUUUUUUAUCCUUUAAGUUGAUGGUGGUCAAAAAUUCAUAGGGUAUUUUCAAUGAACUCUGCAAAGAAUGAUGUCAACCACUUUGGACAGAAGAGCAAUGCUUGUCUAUAGAGUCACUUCUGCAGAUAACCUCAUGCCCUUUGCCUUUACUGUAUCUAGUGGGGAAAGAGCCAGUAACAGAGGUGAGCACUUCUUGCCUAGCUCAAAUAACACUAGUGGUAAUGCUGCUACCUCAGCAUGUCAGUAUAAUUUUAAUGAAAUAAUACAAAGUAGCACUGCAAUGGAAUCUUGCAAAGGAAAGGUUCUAGGUCCUAUUUGUUUCUGAUAGCAUUCCAAGAUGGCAGCAGCUUUACUUGUUUUUCAUUGUAAUAGAAGGUCAUAGUUCAAGUUUCUGUAAGGGACUGGAAGUUAGGAUCAACAAUUUAAAGUAGAAAAACCUGUGGUGUGAAUUUUAGUGCUGACCCUUUUCUACUUUAAAAACAAAAAAAGCAAACCACAUCCAACAACUUAGUUAUUGUGCCUUAAUUGCUUUGAUUCAGAAAUUAACAGCAGCUCAGGAAUACAUCUGGCAAGCUGGCAGAAUGCACUCAGGGCUAGUGAGCACUCAGGAAAGAACAGUAUAGAGUCAUAGAGUCACUAAUACAACGUGAUAGUCCAAAAGCAGACUGAAAAUGCAGACUUCUUUUUAACCAAACCCAGAGUCUGUAACCUGCAUCCAGAGCAGUGUGUUCAGAGAAGGUCAUAAAGUUCAAGGCACAGCGUUGUGCUCUUUGGUAGUUCUCCUGUACGUGCACUGGAAUGGUAGUUUAUGGUACUUUUACUAUAAAAGUAUUAAACAAUUACGUACA